AUGAUUGCUAAAAUAAUAAGAAGUGAAAUUUUAUUGAAAGCUACAUUUCUAGUUCUUAUGCUCAUUUCACCUCUCUCUGCUUAUACUAUUUCUGAUUAUUUAAGAGGGGGUAAAAGAACUGUUGACGGUGAUAAACCUAUACAAUGUCCACCUUAUAUGCCAUUUCAAUGUACAAGUGGAGAGUGUGUUCCAAUAAAAUAUCUUUGUGAUGGAAGUCCUGAUUGUACUGAUUCAUAUGAUGAAAAUCAGAAAAUGUGUACAGCAGCUAGUAGACCUCCAGCUGAAGAAACGUUAUCAUUUCUUGAUGCCCUCCUUCAUGCUCAUGGUAAAGAUUUUUUAACUAAAAUUUUUGGUGAACGAUGUUUAAAUAGAUGUGAAGGUUUAGGUGGUUUAGAAAAAGUUGCUAUAGGCUUAACAGAACAACCAACAUAUUUAAAUUUUGGUAUGGAACAAAAUAUGACUGAGGAGGAAGUAGAAAAUAUUGGUGAUACUUUAUUAGACAUUAUUCGUGGUGAUAGUGGAAAAUUAUCAAUAAAUGAGAUUGAGGAUCUUCGAUUUUUUGUUCAAAAGUUACAUGAAACAGGAUUCUUUUAA